CUAAUCGGAGAUUUAACAGCCAAAGUAAUAUAUAUAUAUUGUGGUGCAUUUAGAAUACAAUGAAAUGAAAUAUGCAAUUGAUGCUGAAUAAUAUCGCGUAAUUGAUGCGAAACGCGCGACACGACACGGUCAAUUUGCGUUCUUCGAUCAGAGCAACAUUAGAUGUUGGGAAAUUACUCAUACCACUAAUGUUUACUCUGUGAGUAAUUUUAACACGGGCACAAAUGUGUGUGCGGUUGCGGUACGCGAAAAACUACCGACGGUUGCCUUUCGUAACUAAGAGCAUUUAUUUUUGUACAAGUGAAUUCCAAUGGGCUAAAGUCAUAUGAAAAGUGUCUAAACAUGCGCCCAUCAACGAUUCGUUUAUAAGGAUUUGAUUUAUUUAUUUGUGAUUCCAUUGCAUUGCGUAUUUUUUUAAACAACUACAUGCAUGCGAAAUAAACAAAGGAUUUAGUGCUGCAGUUGAUUUUCAUCCCAGGGGAAGGAUUACCAAUAUGCAUCAGCCACCUGAUAACUGAUAGACAGUAUUUGCAUUGAAUAGUAAAUAUUUAAGAGGAGCAAUUCCCGCUGUAAAUGUUGCAAACACUACAGUUUUCUCGCCCAUCAAAUAUACACAAUAUAUCAGCCGCUGCGAAUGAACUCAGCAACUUGGUGGAAAUUGGCCGCGAACCGAAAUAACCUAAAUAACCUAAAUAAAGCUAAAACAAAAAACGCAGCAAAUCAUCAAUAUUAUUGAAAGCAAAAGCAAACAUCAUGGGCGGCGGCAAAAAUGUACGCCGCGGCUUGGAGCCUCUGGAGUUCGAAGAAUGCAUCGUCGACAGUCCGGACUUUCGCGAAAAUUUGAAUCGGCAUGAGAAGGAACUGGACCACACUAGUCAUCAAAUAAAACGAAUUAUCAAAGAGGUCAAAGAUCUAAUGAGUGCGGCAAAGAUGCUGUCCACUAGAAUGAAACAAUUGGCCAUUUUACUUAACGACUUUAACUUUGAGUGCAUUGGCACUGCUCAGACCGACGAUGAGAAUGUCAUUUGUGAAAGCCUCAAGCGCUUUGGUGCUAUAAUUGGCAAUAUUGAGGAUGAGCGCGAAAAAAUGCUAACGCUCGCCGAUAAACAUAUAAUUGAGUCACUGGAGGAUUUUCGAAAAAAGCAAAUCGGUGGCGUCAAAGAAAACAAAAAGAAAUUCGAUAAAAAGACGGAGAAAUUUUGUCAAUCGCAGGAGCGUUUCCUUAAUAUGUCAACUAAAAAGCCCGAAAACACAAUACAGGAGGCUGACGCCAGUUUGGGGAUGCAUGAACGCGAGUAUAUCCAGGAGUCGCUGAGCUAUGUGCUGCGCAUCCAAGAAGUGCAGGAACGAAUCAAAUUCGAAUUUGUCGAAAUACUGCUCGCAUUUAUUUCUGGCUGGCUCGUUUUCUACCACACAGCGCACGAACAGGCGGAGGAUCAUCGCGAUUAUCUGCAGGAUUUGAGGCACAAAGUCCAAAAAACUCGGGAAAAUUUCGAGGAGGCACGCGAAAAAGUGACUGAACUGAAAACAAAGUAUAUGGAAAAACGCACAGUAAGUUGUUACAUUGUUUGCGCUCGAGCAUUUUCUAAUCGUUUGUGUUCGCAGAAGCCCGAGGAAAUUUUUACAAAACGUGGUUACCUAUUUCUAAUGGAGAAAAAGCCAUUCAAAGCCACCUGGACAAAAUACUAUUGCACAUUCAAGAAGCAAAAGCGAGAAUUCACUAUGCUCCAGUUCAAUCAGAUGAAUCACAAUUUCACGAGACCCGAGGCGCGUGACGACGAGAAACUGACGCUGUUCUCAUGCCAGCGACGGGCAUCUGAGUUCGAGAAGAGGUUCUGCUUCGAUUUGACAUUCAAGGAGAAGCCAGGCGUCGUUUACACAUUUCAAGCCUUGAGCGAAAAGGAUCAUCGCUAUUGGAUUAGCGCCAUGGACGGUACGGAGCCGACAUAUCUGGCUCCCGGUAAAAUCAAAGUCAGCGAGGCAUACCAUCUGGAUGAAGCCGGAUUCAUGUUCAUCCGCCGAUGCAUUCAAGUAUUAGAGAUUCGAGGUCUGGAGGAUGAGGGUAUCUACCGAAAGAGUGGUGUUGGCACCAAAAUCAGCAAGCUGCUGGCACUGGGUCUAAAUCAAAAGGAAACCGACGAUGUCUUCGUCGACGAUAAGUACCGCGAUUUAAUGGAAAGCAACACCAUUGCUAGUGCCCUGAAAAUGUAUCUGCGAAAUCUAAAUGAGCCAUUGAUGACGUAUCAAUACCAUAGUGAUUUCAUUGAAGCAGCAAAGCAAGAAACCCUCAAUCAGCGCGUGAAUGAGGUGCACAAGCUGGUCUACAAGUUGCCGCAGCCCAACUUUCAGAUGCUCGACAUGGUUAUUUGUCAUCUAACCGACGUUUCGCGCAAGUACGAGAAGAACAAAAUGUCCGUAUUUAAUCUGGGAGUGGUCUUCGGGCCGACAUUGCUGCGUCCGCGAGAGGAAUCAGUUGCCGCCAUACUGGAUAUUAAGUUUAAUAAUAUCGUCAUCAACAUUCUAAUUGAUAACUACGAGAGGAUAUUCAAGAACAAGCCCAGCGCUGAAGUUAAGUUGCCGGACGCCGCGAAGGCGCCCAGCAUCAUGUACCCCAGUCGCAGCAGUCCACCGACCAGAAUGCCACGGGCCUCUCAAAUCGGAAAGGCCGCUUCAACGGGUGCCAUGGGCAGCAGCAACACAGCGGCGAAUCCAAUGUUCUUGAAUCAGCAGAAAAUCUAUCGGGUAGUCAGCAAAACCAAUUGCACAGAGCCCACCAUUUCAUCCAGCCUGCAAAAUAUUCCGAAUGGCGACAACUAUGCCCAUGGAUCGACGGCCAUGAAUAGUUCGGGCGGCGCUCAAUGCAUAUCUCUGUCGCCGCCGAUGCACAUGCUCAAUGGCAUACUGUCGCCGACCAUUGGGAGCAUCAAUAAUCUGCACACAAUAUCGAAAAAUGAGGCCAGCACACGGCGGUUUGUGCCCAGCUCAUGCACUGACACUGAUGUCGCGCCCGAUUAUGGUAUUAUAGGUGCUAACAACGGUGGCGUGACGUUGCAAUCGCAUCACGCCGUACCGGUUAGUAGCACGACUAAUUUUCGACAUCCCGAGUACCUAAUGACCACGGCCAAUCCGGUGACUCAGUCGGGCUCCAGUAGCCACAUCUAUACGAACACGUCUAGUGCUGGUGCUACCUCAAGCAAUCGGAUUAGUCUAAGCAAUGUAUCCCCGCCAAAUACAGCAAUGCGCAAGGAGCGAUUCCUGGGCAGUGCCAGUGGUCCGCAGCAGCAUCCGCCCGUCCAACGGGGACUGCACUCGUACGGCCAAACAAAACAUUAUUCACCCCUAAUGCCAACAUCAACAUCCAGCUCCAACGACAGCGUAUGUGAUUCACUUUCUUCCAACAACGGCUUGGGCAGCUCCAUUGUGGCCAACAGCAACAGCGGGAGUGUGGCCCAGCAUCUAAGCACACGGAACGCCAAUGAUUAUGCGCUUAUAACGUCACAGAAUUCAUCGCUGUCGCCACAUCUGGGACCCACCUGCGACGAGGUCGUCACGGCCACAACAUUGCCCACGGUUAGCCUCAGCUGUGGGGGCAACGCCAGCGAAAGCACCGAAUAUCCGCCUAGUAAAAUGCAUCGUAAUCGUGACAUCAACCAAAUAAAACGUGAUUUGUCAACGGGCACGGCACGUGUGCGCACACUUUAUGCUUGCAUGGGAGAAAGCGAGGGCGAGCUUUCUUUCGAGCCCAACCAAAUAAUAACCAAUGUUCGUUACUCCCACGAACCUGGCUGGCUGCAGGGCACACUAAAUGGGAAAACAGGACUCAUUCCGGAGAACUAUGUGGAACAUUUGAAGCCUCACCAUUAGAAUAUGAGUUGGAUGAGUUGAAUGAGUUCGUGGAGUUCGCUACUAUUUCUUGCAUUCGUCGGUAGAUAAAAUUAACAUGGAGAAUUAGGAAAUCUGAAAAUAAUCGUUGUGUAAAAACUAAUUUUGAUUAUGUACCCAUGGGGUUUUACAUGAGAUGCAUUUUAUUUUAUGCUGGAAACCAGGAAACUAGGAAUCCAGGUAUCCAGGAAACCACAAUCUUACCUUAUAAAUAUGUUAACCUUUAUAAUACCAUGACCAUACAAUGUACUUAUUUUUAAUUAUUUAAUAAGGAGUAUAAACUCAGUGCAACUGCAAAGAUUUAUUUACUAAUUGUUACGCUCUUCAUUUGUUGCUUAUUUAUACAUAAUUCACGUAAUUUGUGCAAAAAUGGAUUACAACGUAUCUAAUAUCUACUACAUAUACAAAUGUAUAAAAAUAAAUAGCAGUGCUUCGCUCACUUUUAAAAUGUAAA